AUGGUUAAUAAAGUACCUAAUGGGUCAAAUGCCUUCAUUCAUAAAAACUAGUAACUGUACUAAUAAUUUCUGUUCCGUACCUGUGUUGGAAGUCACAUCUACGCAGCUAUCAUUAAAUGUUUUUGAUGGUCAAAUAAAUAUACAGAGAGAUCUAUUGGCAUAUAUUGAGAGUUCUGAAGAAAAUUGCGCUUUUCGUGGAAAUAAAAGAAGCAUAACAGUAGCACCCACUACACACAUUAUGAUUGAAUUGAACUCGAUUCCCACAGAUAUGGAAUUAUCAACUAGCACUGGAAAUGUCGACAGUGCUCCAGUACAUUUGAUCAAACAAAAUUUUACGCAACCCAUCAAAGAAAAGUUGGACAAUUUGGAAAAGUUUUUGACAGUUGGAGAUAAAACGUACAAAUUAAGAGGUGUGGUCAGUUUCUGUGGUGGUGAAAGAAGAGGAUUGCGGAAUGCCAUGGGCCACUACACUGCAUCCGCUUUCAGGGGAAAUCAAAAAUGGGAAACGUAUGAUGACACAAAAAAAAAGUAGAAAACGCACGAGCAUCAACUAAAAAUGAUGAAGAGUUAUUGUUUUAUUGUGUUUGAUGUGUUAUAAUCAUUUGUGGACUCAUUACUAUUCAAAUAUUUAUUAAAUCAUUAUUAUUAUGUAUUACCUACCAUUAUAACAUAAACGAUUAUAAAUUAUA